AUGUCACCCUCCAACACCUCCAGCGUCGCUUGCGACCACUGCUUUCGAUUCAUCAACGGCUCCUACUACCACUGCUCGCAGUGCCCAGACUACGACGUUUGCCGAGACUGCUACGACAAGCGCAGGACCCGACACGCCUGCGCGACACCACGUUUCCUCCCUCGCUCCACCAGGCCCCCACAAUCCGCUGACGCCCCCACGACUACUCCUACGAACACCCCACCGGCCCCCGCUCCAUCCCGUACAUGCCGCGCUGCCCCCACAAAGCCGGCCUCGCGCGUCUUUUUGCUGGCCCUCUGCGACGCGUGCGAGCAGCCGAUCUUCGACACGCGUUACCGAUGCAGCACGUGUGACGAUUUUGAUUUUUGCGAAGCGUGCCAUGCGGCCUCCGUGCUGCAUGUGCGCUGCCAUGCCUUCUACCGCAUCACCUCGGCCGCCCAGGCUGCUGCUGCACACCCCCGCCAGGACGCUCUCUUCCCCGACCUCGCUGCCUUUGAGGACGCGUCUCCCCUCCACCGCGGCUUUGUUUGCGAUGCCUGCCGCGGUCCCAUCCUCGGCACGCGUCUGCAUUGCGUCCACUGCCGCUCUGACUUUUGUUCCCAUCAUGCGCCCGGCGCGGUGACGUCAGCGUCGGUCCACCGAAAUGCAAACGCGUGCACGCACGCGUUGCUCGAGGUCCAGCGGACGCCGCAGGCGGUGCCUGCUGCUGCUGCUGCCGACGCAGAUGCUGUCGACGCCGAACGCGAGCCGCCGGCCGAUCUGCCGCUGGACUUUGAGCUCGUUGACGAGUGCACGGUGCCGGCGCGUCCGGAGCCCGGCAGCGUCUUUGUCAAGUGCUGGCGUGUGCGCAACCGGUCGGGUGUCGUGUGGAAGGGCCCACUCUCUAUGGCGUUUCGCGGGGGCAUGCGUUGCUUUGAUGGGGACGCGCCCGCCGUCCUGCCCGUCCUCUCCGACGUUCCUGCUGACGACAUCUGCCAAUUCGCGGUGACGUUGCGUGCGCCUCAGACCCUGGAGACGCCGCUGCUCUCGUUCUGGAAAAUCGUUUCCCCAGACGGCGCCGCGUUUCACAAAAACCUUUGUGUCUACGUUCCUCGACCUUAA